AUGGCCGCCCCCACCGCCCCCACUCCGCUGGCCACCGUCCCCGCAGACAAAAUAACCUGCCGCCUCUUUGUGGCACCUGUCCCACCGCAGACUCCAGUACCCCCUGGGCGUGUUGGUGCGCGCCGCACCUGUGCUCGCAUCGCCAGCGGCUGCCGCCAUCCAGCCAGCGGUCCGGCGCUGCUGUGGGAGGCGUCUGUCGCACGCAACAAGUCGCCCGUAACUCACAAUUUGCAGAGGGGGCAGGCGAGCGCGCGCUCUGUUUCCAGCGGGCUCUCCCCAGUGGAGGCGACGGCGGCCGCGGCCUUUGUGUCGGCGCCGCUGCACGCAGGCAGGUGGAGGGUGCGUCCGGACGCGCCGCCGCCGGCGAUGCCGCCGCCCCCAGGCGUCCCGGAGAUGAGAGAGGCGCCGGCCGAGCGCGCCCCACCACCGUCACCGCCGCCGCCCACCGUCCCCGGUCGCGGGCCCGGCUACGGCGCGCUCGAUAUAUCGACACCUGCUGCGUCGGCCGUGUUUUGUUUGCCGCUGCCCAUGGAAAUGACUUCCAGAAACAAUGUCAAGAGCCAGUCGACGGCGGCGGCGGCGGCAGACUUGCCUCAUUGUGCGUAA